CUCCUCGGUCUCCCCUCCCGGCGUUAGCCUGCUAACUCGUCCAGGCGUUGGUAGCUCUCUGCCCUCCUCGUCCGCAACCAGAAAAUGCCGGAGUUCCUAGACGACCCAUCUGUGCUCACCAAGGACAAGCUGAAGAGCGAACUGCUGGCCCACAACGUGGAGCUUCCGAGUGGGAACCCCAACAAAGACGUGUACGUGCAGCUUUACCUGAAGAAGCUGACGUCGCUCAACAGCCGGAGCCCCGCCAUGACUCUGGACGCCUUCUCCAGCGACGAGGAGCUGCCGCCGCCCGUGGUCUCCAACAGAAGCCGCUCCUCUGGCAAAAAAACCAGCAGGAAACAGGAGAAGGUCGUGGCCGAGGAGCUGGACGUGACCUCGCUGACAGAUGAAGGCCUGAGGGACGAGCUGCUCAAGCACGGGGUGGAGGCCGGCCCGAUCGUGGCAUCGACCCGCAAGCUGUAUGAGAGGAAGCUGCAGAAGCUGCUGGAUGAGGACAACGAUGACAAGGAGCUCACACGGCCACCGAUUGUAAAUUGUAUUGUCACCGAGAUUCAAGUCACAAGUCACAACCACAACGGCAACUCUGAGACAGACCUGUACAGCGACAAGGAGGACGAAGUGACUCCAGAGCCAGAUCCAGAACCCGAGCCAGUUGUAGAACCCGAGCCAGUUCCUGUGGUGGAGAAGCCAGUGAGAAGCAGAGGGAAGAUCGCCGUCACCACACGCACCGGCAGCAGCCAGCACCACACGCAUAAGAAGGUGAUGGAGAAGGAAGGCGAUGGUGAUAAAGAUGAAGAGCCUGUCACCAGAGUCAAGCGCAAAUCCCGAAGGUUGUCUCAUAGAAUGAUGGUUCUGGAGGAUCACUGUCCUGCUGAAGCAGAUCAGGUAGAGUCUGGUAAAAAGGUCUCCAGACUCGCCAGUCCUCUUUUCACUGACCAUCUGUACUUCUCCUCAAAGUCAGAUCAGCUUCAGCAAGAACAAGUCUUUCAUCCCGAACAAGAUCUCCACAAGAGGCCCAUCCCUCAUCUGAACACUAUGACAGACAAGUCCAUCUCCUGCAUCUGUGAGAAAGAAGUUCCCAGGCCAAAGCUGACUGUCAAACCAUCCCGACCAACUUCUCUUUUCACUCACCUUGGUACAAUUGACCCUGCGACCUUCAAUUCCUUAUGCCACAUUCCUCCUAUAAUCAAGAUGGGCCCUGAAAGGUCAUUGACCCAGUCUGGUGAAAAGGCGGUUGAUGGUGCUGUGACUGAGGAGAGGAGUCUCUCCCCACAAAUGAUGCUCCACAAACAACAGAAAAUCACGAGGUUCAUGUCAAAGCAAAGUCCGACCAAGACUUCUCAUCAAGGUCUGCCACAGACCAAAGAGGCAUUUGUGAGGCCGGUGGAGAAGAUAGCAGCCAGUGACCAGACCAAAGUGGAUGAGAGUGAUGUCCUGAAAGAACUUUUUCCUAAUGAUCUGAACAGCCCAUCCGGACUCAGCGUCACCUGCAGGCGACCCAUCCGAGGGGCCGCCGGUCGACCCGUGAAGCACAGUGACCUCUGGAACAACGAGAACUUCCACUUCUCACCUAAAAUCACCAAAACCACCACCAGCUCGUCCUCCUACACAGAGAGUCACAUCAGCAACAGAGUGAGCAGCCCACCUGUUGCCAACUCCACCAACUCUUCCUCCUCCAGCAAGAUCCUGGCUGCAGCGCCACCUGCAGGCCGAAUCAAAGCGGCACGGUCGAGCAUGUCCAUGUGGAAGAAGCUCUUCAUGCUGGUCAUUCUCGGUGCUUUUGUGUUCCUGGUGUACCAGAACAUGGAGACCAACAGCGUGGCCCCUUUUGUGGAAACCGAGGCGGCCGGUGGCGGCUCUGCAUAGAGCAAAUGUUAAAGGCUGUCUGCUCUUUUUUUUCCCGUGUGAAUCCAAAUUGUAGCUAUUUUUACAGGCGCUGUGAAACGAGCCAACACCAUUGCCUUUUCUGCUCACACUGAAACUAUUUUUACUGAACGAUUUUGGAUUUCAAUCUACAGGGCAGACCCGUCUAAAAGCAAAGUGGUUUGUUUCACAACUGGACUUUUCUCUUUUAACUCACAUGAUGACGCGCUUAUCAUGGUUGAAUGUUUUUGUGCCUGAGAUGUUUUCCAAAUUUGCCUUAUGUAUCAGUCUUCUGCCUCAAAGAUGGAACUCUGUUUUGUACUCGCCAAUCUCCGUUGUCAGUUGUAAUCAAAGUGCUAUUACACUUUUAUUUUACUUUUGAUCUUUUGAUGAUAAUGUAUCUUCUGUGAUUAUUCCAUAAUAUUACAUGUUAUUCACUGACAAUAACUGUUAAGUCCACUUUAUUCCUGCAAGCUGUGGAUUGUUUGAGUUGGGAAACAAAAAUUUUUUUUUUUUUUUUUUUUUAGUCACAUCAGUUUUUAAUGUUUAAAUGUCUGAAGAUAAAU